GAAAGCUGCAAGCGAAAUUUCUUGUCUAAAGAAAAUGAUGCACAAAACGUAUCCUGCAGCUUUAAAUCCUGAUCUUGUAAAAAUAACAGAAGUACAUUUUUACCGCUAUUAACCGUUCGUAGUUAACAUGAUUUUAUUUAACUCAUAUUUUCAUGGGCUCCGAAAUCACUUAAAUGUUGCUGUGAAUGCAGUUCGUAAUAUACAUGUUAAUUCUCAGCCUUUAUGGUUUCGACACUCUCCAAUUUUAUGGGCUGAACCUCUAAGGAAGAAAAAAAGAAUUGAUCCUCAAGUUUUACGUGAAAGAGCAGAAAAGAAAGUUAAGAGAAUUCAGAGAGAUAUAAGAAGAUUAGAAAAAGUUGCAAGAAAGUUCAAGCCUAUAUCUGAACUUGAAAUUCCCAAAAAAGCUAUUAGGGACAGUGAAAGAAUGAGGCCAUUACCAGUUCUAAGUGAAGAGGAAAUCCAUGAAAGAAUGGAAUUGAAGCAGUUAUGGGCAGUUUAUAAAAGAAAAGAACAUGUUGCAGAAAUGUCUGCAAUUCAAAGAAUCAUUGAUGCACAAGAAAAAGCUCUUGAUGCAUUACAAGAAGCUUCACCUUCUUUAUAUGAAGCAGCUAUUCAGCCAAAUCCUAGUUUCAUACCUUUCAAAAUGCUAGGACCUGUUGAGACCCCACCCAUCAAUAAGUUUGACUACCCUGAUGGAAAUUAUACUGAUAUAACUAAAGUUUAUGAGCCUAUUUUACCUACAGAUCCUAAGAAGUUAAGACAACUAGGACUUCAUAAAAAGAAAUUAUAAUGUUUUUACAUGUAUAGAUGUUUUUAUGUUUGUUUAUAGUUGAAUAAAAUAAUCUUUCUGUUU